AUGAGGGCAGUCCAGAGGAGACAACAAGAGCAAAGCGCGAGUUUAGGGCAGGAGAAAAAGGAGGGCAAGAAACCGUUCGUACCGGACGAGCGGUCGAAGGGCCAGAGGUACAGAGAUGGCCCGAAAGGGGCUAGGUACGAAAGGUACACCCCGCUGAACACGCCAAGGGCUAGAGUGUUGGAAGAGGCCCUGAAUGCAGAUCUGAUAAAGGUAAGACCCUCCCGGUCAUCACCCAAGGCAGAUGGAACUAAACAUUGUACCUAUCAUCUAAACAUAGGGCAUAACACCGAGGACUGCACGGUGUUGAAGGAUAAGGUGGAAGAACUGAUCCGAGCGGGUCAUCUGAGGAAGUUUGUUAAGGAGGAACGAAAGACGAGAAGUCCACCCAGGAGGGCUAGGGUGGAGCGAAGUGAUAGGAGAGAGGACAGGCGUCCCGACCGUAGGCGGAGUAGAAGUCGCAGCCAUGACCGAUCGUUGCGAGGAACGAUAAACACCAUUUCGGGCAAUUUUGCGGGAGGGUCGUCGGUGUUUGCGAGGAAGAGAAACCUGAGGGAGCUUAAAAGUGUCCACAGGGUAGAUGUGAGAAAGCGCUCUAUGCCGCCAAUCACGUUUACGAAUGAGGAUUUCCACGCUCCCGAUCCAGAUGAGGACGACCCGAUGCAUAUGGACAUAUCCGAAGAUCUGAUCGCCCCGUACAACGAACAGAUAGUAGGAUUUUCGGGGGAAAGAGUAGAUACAAGAGGAUAUGUGGACCUUAGAACAUGCUUGGGAACUGAGUGGAGUAAAGAGGUAAAAACCAGGUUUUUGCUAGUGGACGCGAGUACCUCUUAUAAUGUGCUGUUAGGACGACCAUGUCUGAACACAUUCGGGGCAAUUGUUUCCACACCCCAUCUCACGCUCAAGUUUCCGUUGGACAAUGGAACUAUAUGA